AUGGCAUUUUUGCAUGUUGAAAUUCAACAAUGUGGUAACCUAAAGCAAAAGGUCUCACUGUAUAAAUAUCAGGACGAAGACCAAGAUCGAUACACUCCUCGGUGGAUUCUGUCAGCCACAACAGCCAAGAUGCGUCGCAGUCUCAUGGUGAUAAGUGUAGCCUUGCUGGCGACGGCGAUGGCAGACAGUGGGUACGGAGGACGCGGAGGAGGAGGUGGAGGAGGCCAUAACGGAGGAUUCGGAGGAGGUGGAGGAGGCCAUAACGGAGGAUUCGGAGGAGGUGGAGGAGGCCAUAACGGAGGAUUCGGAGGAGGUGGUGCAGUCGGCGGUGGAUUCGGAGGAAAUGGAGGUGGUGGUGGUGGGAGUUACGGCGGUGGCAAUGGCGGCGGUUUCGGUGGUGGAAACGGCGGUUUCGGCGGUGGAAACGGCGGUUUCGGCGGUGGAAACGGCGGUUUCGGCGGAGGAAACGGCGGUUUCGGUGGUGGAAAUGGUGGAUUUGGUGGUAGUGGUGCUGGAGGUCAUGGAGGAAAUUAA